AUGGCAGAGCUCUACAAGUCCAUAGCAACACUAGAACAACAACACAAGAGGACCCAGCUAAUGGAAACGUACGGAGAAUUAAUGCAAGCCAGACGCCAACUGAGAGAUCUCCUUACAAAACGCCACCUGCGAUCUUUACAACAAUCCAAGGUAUUCUUUUACGCCCAUGCCAACAAGGGUGGCAGAUACCUAGCACGGCUCCUGAAAGGCAAUGCCCCUCGCAAGCAGUUCCGCAACCUGCGCCUCCCUUCGGGCGCCACGACUGCAUUUCCGGACCUAAUAGCUGAAGAAUUCAGUCGCUAA